AUGAUGGACCCACUCACCGCGCUUGCGUUGGCAAGCAACAUUGUCCAAUUUGUCGACUUUACAAGCAAACUCAUCUCUACGACCCACAGCUUGUAUGCAUCUACUUCAGGUGCAAAGGCAGAGCAUCUGGAGCUGGAACUACUCGCCAACACGCUCCGCAGCCUUGCCGACGAUGCUGCCCCGCCAUCUCAAAGAAUCAAGAAUGUUUCAUCCGAAGAAUCAACCUUCAUAGAACUUGGUGAUAUGUGUCGUAGAGUAUCAGAUGAGCUCCUCACUGUCCUUCAAAGUCUCAGAGUUAAGGGUUCACACAGAGGCUGGACGAGUUUCAUUCAAGCUUUGAGGAGUGAGUGGAAACAAAAAGAGAUUUCUGCUUUGCAAGCAAGACUCGAUCGGAUUGGAGACAUAUUAAACGCCAAAAUUCUUAAGAAUCUACAGAUCAAAGUCUACCUAGAACUCAAAGACCUCAACAAGCAAAAUACACGACUACAAGCUGCCAGAGCACACGAUAUUGAGGUUCUUGCAUCGGAUAUCCAGGCAAAGUUCGAGGAAAUGGGACAGGAAUUCGAGAAAAUUCACGAACAAACCACGACAACGGAGUCAUUAAAACAGCUGUCUCUAGCAGCAAAGCAAGGCCGUACAUAUUCAGCAGAGCAGCAAAUUUUGGACCUGCUGCACUUUGAAGGCAUGGAAAAUCGACACGCCAAUAUUCGGCCUGCACACGACAAAACGUUCCCUUGGAUCUUUGAAAGUUCGACUACACCCGGAAGCGGCCGUUCUGGUUCUGAAUUCGUGGAGUGGAUGGUGUCGGAAGACAAUCUGUACUGGAUCUCCGGCAAACCUGGAUCUGGAAAGUCUACCUUGAUGAAAUAUGUGUGGAACCACGACCUUACUCGAAUGAAUCUUCAAAAGUGGGCGGGCGGCUCUCAAAUGGUGGUUUGCAAAUUCUUCUUUUGGACCGCAAGCAGGGCAGAGCUGCCUAAAUCGCAAGAAGGGCUAAUACGUUCAAUCCUGUAUCAAAUGCUACGACAAUUUCCAGAUUUAAUACCACACGCGUUGCCUAGCGAGUGGCACGCUUACAUAUUACGCGAUCUCGCGCCUUCGCGGCUUAGGAAUGAUGACUUGCAGUUGUCGGAACUGUUAGUUGCCUUCGAGAGAAUAUCGUCCCAGCUAGUUACAAAGAAUAUCAAAUUCUGCUUCUUUAUCGACGGAUUAGAUGAGUACUCAGGGAAGCCUAACGAGAUCAUCCCUCUCAUCGAAGCUCUCGGCUCAUCACCCAAUAUCAAAACCUGCGUUUCAAGCCGUCCCUGGAACGAGUUUGAAAAAGCUUACGGCCAGAGUAGAUCACGGAAACUAUAUAUGGAAGAGUUCAACAGACCCGACAUAGAACGCUACGUUCGAGACACUCUAGAGAAAGACCCGACUUAUCAAGAGUUACAAGAAAUGGAAGACACAACUCCGGAUCUCGUCAAAGACGUCGUUGAUGCAUCUAGUGGUGUGUUUCUUUGGGUGUAUCUUGUUGUGCAAUCUCUCCUCGACGGCCUCUCAAACGAAGACAGUAUUGCCAACCUUCAGAGGAGAAUUCGACAGCUUCCAAAGACCCUGAAGGAAUUCUUCAGGUCAAUAUUUAACCACAUAGACGAGUUUUACAUGGAACAAACUGCCCACGUCUUCCUCGUAACACUCAGGGCAAACCAAACUUUGCCUCUCUUGAGCUACUGGUUCAUUGAGCAAGAAGACGACUUCGCCAUCAAAUUAGAAGUGCAACCGUUGAGUAUGCAGAAGACAAACUUCAGGCUCAAACAGAUGCGGAAGAGACUCAACGCAUGCUGCAAAGGGCUUCUCGAAGUUCAAUUCGACGAAGCGAGCGAUAAUGAGAACGCGUCUCUCUCUUCCAGUGUACUUUUUCAAUGGAAAGUGGACUUCCUACACCGUACCGUUCGAGAUUUCCUGAUAGAGAAAGAGAUGCAAGACCUGUUGACUGGUUGGGCAAAGUCUGGAUUCAGUGCGGAUUUGAUGAUUUGCCAGGCACUUCUCGCUCAAAUCAAGACCUCUCCUCAAGAAGCGGAGUAUCUCCAUCCAGACGGUCCUGUUGAGAAACUUCGCUCCAUUUCCUGCUGCCAUUUCCGCGGGAUAGAACCAGCGGAUGAACAAAAUUGGACUAGGUCACUCACGCUUGUGGACGCUCUGAAAGAGACAAUGCAACGUAUAAGAGCCGCAGCAGGGCUUUCAGGGGAGACCCCCGCAAUGAAGUUCUUGACGACGUGCCCGCAAGAGAAGAGCCCCUAA